AUGCUCUCUCAUUCUUUACGUUCACUCUUGGAAAAAUUUCAACCUCUUUUCUCCACCCACUUUCGUUUCAACGAACUUCUUGAUUCUUGUUCGUCCCUUUCACAAUUGAAACAAGUUCACGCUCUCAUCCUCACUAAUGGAUCCCAUAAAAGUCUCCCCGUAUCCACCAAACUCAUCAACAAGGCGGUUUCUUUAUCGCCAACAAUGGACUAUGCCCGCCAGAUGUUCGACGCAAUGCCCCACCGAGACGUCUUCCUCUGGAACACUUUGAUUCGGAGUUACUCCCAUCUGGGGCCUUGUAAAGAAGCUAUUUUUACAUACAGAAACAUGCAUCGGAGUGGAUUAUCACCCGAUACCUACACUUUCACUUCCGUGGUGAGAUCUUGUGCCAUGCUAUCUGCUUUACAGGAAGGUAAACAAGUGCAUUGUAACGUGAUUAAAAACGGGUUCGAUGUAGAUGUGUACAUUCAGAGCUCCUUGGUGACAAUGUACGCCCAAAAUGGGGAACCUUUAGAUUCAGAACAAGCUUUUGACGACAUAGUUGUAAGAAAUGUCGUGACUUGGACUUCAAUGGUUGCAGCUAACGUGCAAAAUGGAUAUUUAAUCAAGGGAUUGAAGACUUUCAUUGAAAUGGUCACUUCUGGAACUAAACCAAACGCUAUAACUCUUGUGAGUGUUCUUCCUGCUUGUGCAAGUUUACAGUUUUUGAACAUGGGAAUGUUGGUUCAUGGGUUGGGAGUCAAACUCGGGGUUGACUUGUAUAUUUCUCUUACUAAUUCUCUGAUUGCAUUAUAUGGUAAAUGUGGUAAUGUUAAGAUAGCUAGAGCUUUAUUUGAUCAAAUGGAAGCUCGAACACUGGUUUCAUGGAAUGCAAUGAUUGCUUCUUAUGAACAUAAUAAUUCCAAUGAAGCAGCCAUACAACUCUUCAAUACAAUGCAAGAAAAGAACAUAAAUUUUGACAAUAUCACAAUGGUGAGUGUUAUUUCAGCAUGUGCGGGUCUUGGAUCACUGGAUAUGGGUAAACGGGUACAUGAGUUAGUGAAAAGAAACAGUUUGGAUUCCAAUGUUGCAAUUACAAAUGCUCUCAUAGACAUGUACUCAAAAUGUGGGAGUUUGGAUUUAGCUUCAAAUGUGUUUUACAGUUUACCUCAUAGAACUGUAGUCUCAUGGACUUCAAUUAUUUCGGCUUAUGCAUCUCAUGGAUAUGGAAAAGAAGCAAUGUUUUUGUUCUCAAAGAUGAAAGAGGAAGGAAUUAGACCUAAUAGUGUUACAUUCAUGGCUAUCUUAACAGCUUGCAGACAUUCAGGACUUAUAGAAGAAGGAAAAAAGCAUUUCAAAAGCAUGUCAGAGGAUUAUUUUAUCAUUCCUGGAAUAGAUCAUUGUGUUUCCAUGGUUGAUCUUCUUGGGAAAAAUGGAGAACUUGUAGAAGCUUAUGAAUUCAUUCAGAAUAUGCCAAUUGAGCCAGAUGUAGAUGUUUGGGUAGCUUUACUUAGUGCGUGUAGAAUCCAUGGGAAUCUAGAACUCGCUAAUAGAAUUUACCAAAUUACCCCUCGAAAUGUUGGUUGUGAUGUCAUUAUGAUUGAUAUGUACGCUGGAGCUGAUAUAUGGGGACAUGUUACAAGAUUGAGAACAUGUUUGGAUGAGAAGAAGAUGAAAAGAAUAUGUGGGCAUACUUUAUUAGCUGGUUUUUGA